AUGGGAAAGAUAAUUUUCUAUGAAGACAAAAAUUUUGGGGGUCAUCAAUAUGAAUGCAGUGGUGAUUGUUCAGAUAUGCUCUGCUAUCUUAACCGCUGUAACUCCAUCAUGGUGGAGAGUGGAUGCUUCAUGAUCUAUGAACAACCACAUUACAACGGCCAGCAAUUCCUGGUCCGUAAAGGAGAGUACCCAGAGUUCGAAAGCUGGUUGGGCAAAAAUGACUCCGUCUGCUCCUGCCGUGUAAUUCCCAUGGGAUCUUCUCAUGAGGUGAAACUUUUUGAGAGAAUGGAGUAUGGAGGUCAAAUGAUGGCUCUUGUGGAAGACUGUCCAGAUGUGAUGGACAUGUUCCAAACAAACCACAUAUUCUCCUGCAAGGUAAUUGGUGGAAACUGGCUCUUCUUUGAACAUUCCAACUACAGAGGCAGGAUGUACCUCAUAAGGCCUGGAGAAUACACCAGAUUCACUGAAUGGGGAGGCACGAGUGCCCGUGUGGGUUCCAUCAAACGAAUCAUGGAUUACUAG